AUGAGCACGACGUCUUUCUUCUCCUUUGGGCCUGAUGAUAGCUUCAUCUCCAAGAGCUUCGCGGGAUUGAAUUUUCGCAAUCUAUCUCAUUCACUCCGCGAUCUACUGGUUAGCAGCACAGUAUCUGAAGUUCACUGGGCGGCCCUUGGCGCAGUAUCCGAUUCCUGGAUACUCAGCUGCAAAGGUGCUAUAGGGAAGAACACUCUCCGCUGGGGACCUUCCAUUCCCUCGCGCCUUCAAGCGAUUUUGAGCAAAGCAUGGCCUUCGCCGCACCUUCGCUGCUUCCUUGGCCCAGACGACUCAUUUAUUAUCUGGCACCCUGAAUUCAUCCGCUGGGCAAAUCUCCCACCAGCUUUGGAAGAUGCUCUUCAAUCUUGGCUCACACCCAGUGGAUGGCGUGUGGGGCCUCCGCGAAUAGCAACGUGGGGGCCAGAUGAUGCGUUCUUCGCAAUGAGCGAGUAUGGUGAAGUUGAGUACCAUUUUGGCGAACCGGAUGACGAUGGAGAAGUGUACUGGGGAAUCUUCAAAGAGACAAUAGAGGAGUGGGAAACGGAGGUGGGCUUUCUAUGGAGCACUUUGUCAUUCAUCGCUCUUGAUUCGACAAGCACGGAUCAAUUCGUUGCGGUGAGGCGCGAUGGAACAUGGGCGGGAAGCAUUGACGAUGUCAAUGAAGAUGCCCUGGAGGACUUUGCUUUGAACUUUUGGCCAAAUGCAAAUUCCAAGAACAAAGCGAAUGCCGGUGGUGGUCAAAAUGGUACUCAACAUCCACACACAGCCACAGGAACUGGUCCAAUGCAGUCGGACCCAAGAACACAACUACUGUACGAAAAGUGGUCCAAAGAUACAGCCAUCGUGUUUGCCUCGGCGUCAUCGUGUCUCUCUGAACCCAAGCCAAAACAACCACCUCGCAAACUACAAGUUCGCUCCGCAUCGCAAUCGUCUAGUUUAGACGCUGCGACACCACCCAUGCCGCCUCUGACACGCGCACCAUCCACCGAACCGAAACUGCUCACAAGUUUCCCAUACCUCCCAAGUACUCUCUCAACAUGCACUCUAGCCACAUGUAGGCUGCUCAAGUCUGAGGCGAAUAGCAUACACGCAUGUCAACACGACGUCGAGAGAUUGCUUCGUGCGAGUGGGUCGUAUAGCUAUGAGUGGUUGAGACAGGAGAGAUUACGGUGGCAUCCCGAUCGUUUUGGGAGGCUGUGCGAUGAGCGGUGGAGGGAGACGGGGAAGAAGAUGGCGGGGGAGAUGUUCAAGGUGUUGAGUGCGUUGAUUGACGAUUUGAGGAUGAAGGAGAAGGAGGAUGAAUUUUUCAUGUACACAUAUCAACGGAUAUUCAUUUUUCGAUCUACUCUAGUCCGAGGUCGUCGUGGAAGUACCUAUGUAUCCAACCUCUCCUCUCCACCCUCUCCACACCACACACCGCCUAACUCGACCGUACCUCUACCUUUGAGCUCACCGAAACGCCUUUCGGAAGCUCUUCAACAGCCAUCGCCUGCACAGCUGGAACGGUACAGCGAAAGCAUGCAGCUCUCGACACUCUUCCUCGCCGCGCUCAGCGCCGUUAGCGCCACAGCUACCCCAUGGGGCGGCAGCCAGGUUGUCGUGAAGGAAGAGUACAAGGUCCCUGGUGACAACCCACUGUACUUUUGUGGCGACCCAGCCGACGACAUCUUGAAGAUUGAGAAGGUGGAUCUAAGUCCCAACCCACCCAAGCCUGGCGAGACGCUUUCCAUCAUCGCAACAGGCGAUUUCAAAAAGGAAGUGGGCGAGGGCUUUAAAAUGCACCUUCAAGUCAAAUAUGGCCUUAUCACGCUCAUCAACCAACAAGCAGACGGUUGCGACACAAUCGGCAAGGCGGACCUCGACUGCCCGCUCAAGAAGGGCGAGAUGAAGUUGACCAAGGAUGUUGAUCUGCCCAAGGAGAUUCCUCCGGGCACCUACACCGUACUUGCAGACGUUGUCACCGAGGACGGCGACAAGGUCACCUGCCUCACUGCCAAGAUUGCCUUUCACCGGUAA